AUGGGUUUCUGGGACACCAUAACCGACCUCGUCGAGGCGGCCACCCCGUGGGCGACGGCCCACGCCGAGGCCCCCGCGAAGGACCUGCCCGAGGAGACCACUGCCGAGACAACCAAGGAGGAAGAGAGCACCAAGGCCGAGACCGAAACUGCUGCCGCAGAGGAGCCCGCUGCUGAGGAAGAGCCCGCUGCUGAGGAGGAGGCCGAGGAGGAGGCCGAGGAAGAGGAGGAGGAGGAGGAGGAGGAGGAGCCCGUCGACCCCAAGGAGGAGCUCGAAGAAGAGUGCCGGAAUUCCAAGCAAUGCUCCCCCGCCAAGCACCACUUUGACGAGUGCGUCGAGCGCGUCACCAGCGCCGAGUCUGAGGGUGGUGCGAAGGAGGACUGCGUUGAGGAGUUCUUCCACCUCGCCCACUGUGCCACCCAGUGCGCCGCUCCCAAGCUCUGGUCCGUCCUCAAAUAA